AUUUUUUUAGGGAGGUUAAAUCGGGGCAAACUCCCUUGUUCUUCAGGGAGAGCUGGUCCCCUCCCCUCCCCCACCAAGUCCCCUUUAAAACCCCGCGCGAGGAAGACCUGGAAGGACCCCACGGAUCCGGAGUGACCCUUGGAUAUUAAACCGGAGCGAGGGAGGACUCGGGAAGGCGAUCCCACCCCGGCUGGUCACCGAAUGGACCAGCAGCCCAGCGCCAGGAGCUGCAGCCGGGGUGCCCCAGCCUGCGAGGCCAUCCCGAACGAGCCCUCCAUGAAUCUGUACAUCAACACCACCACCGGGACCCGUUAUGAGCUCUCAGUCCCCGUGGAAGAGACGGUGGAAGGACUGAAGCGGAGACUGUCCCAGAGGCUCAAAGUGCCCAAGGAGAGGCUGGCUCUCUUGCAUAAAGAAAGUCGGCUCAGUUCUGGAAAGCUGCAGGAUUUGGGGGUCGUGGAAGGAAGCAAACUGACGCUUGUCCCCACAGUGGAAGCUGGCUUGAUGUCUCAGGCAUCCAGACCAGAACAGUCAGUGAUGCAGGCUCUGGAAAGCUUAACUGAAACUCAGGUCAAUGACUUCCUGUCAGGAAGGUCCCCGCUGACGCUGGCCCUGCGGGUCGGCGACCACAUGAUGUUCGUGCAGCUCCAGCUGGCAGCUCAGCAGAGUGGGGGGCAGCUCCAGCAUCGGCAUGUCAUCACUAGCCGGGGGGAGCCCGGGGCAGCGGCCGGCCCCACCCCCCAGUGCAGGACGCUGCACGGAGGGACCAGCUCCAACUUCGCCCGCAUCCCCGUGGUGCCCACCUGCCAGCAGAGCCCUGCCCCCAGCCCCGCCCCCUCAGCACAGGCCACACCCAUGUACUGUAACGCCGCCCACCCCGCCCCCGUCACAGCCGGGAUGUUCCGGUCGCAUGGGGCCAGCACGCAAACGGUUAACAGCAGCGUCGUCUCCUCCUGCUCAGAGGUGGACUGUAGCGCUCGGAGUAACAAUUCUGCCAGCAGCAACCCAGCCCCAACAAGCCGAUCCCGCAAACCUGGUGCAGUCAUAGAGAGCUUCGUUAACCACGCUCCUGGGGUCUUCUCAGGGACCUUCUCUGGCACUUUGCACCCCAACUGCCAGGACAGCAGCGGGCGGCCCCGGCGUGACAUCGGCACCAUCCUUCAGAUCCUCAAUGACCUCCUGAGCGCCACGCGGCACUACCAGGGCAUGCCUCAGUCCCUGACGCAGCUGCGGUGUCAGACGCAGUGCGCCCCCUCCUCGCCCCCGCCCUCCCCGGAUCCCGCCAGCAAAACUACCUCAGAGAAGCUGACGUCCGCGACCGCCGUGGCCUCACAGCCCCUGCACUCCGUGGUCCAGUGCCAGAGCCAAAUCCGGAUGUGCAAGCCCAGUGGUGACCGUCUGCGGCAGACCGAGAACCGCGCCACCCGCUGCAAGGUGGAGCGCCUGCAGCUGCUGAUGCAGCAGAAGAGGCUGCGUCGGAAGGCACGGCGGGACGCCCGGGCCCCAUACCACUGGCUGCCAAAUCGCAAGUCCAGCCGGACCAACAGCAACAGCAGCGUGUCUAGCGAAGGCAGCCUGGACCUAGACUUCGAGGAUUCAGUGUGGAAGCCUGAAGUCAAGGCAGACCUGAAAUCAGAAUUUGUUGUAGCAUAG